UUGUCCCCUUCAAGCGCAAAUAAACACACUUCUCCUUCUCUCUCUCCAGUCUUCCACUCAAAGCCACUACUUCUCACACUUUGUGCCUCAAACACGCUACACUCUCUCACUCAUAACCAUUGCCCUUAUUUCCCCUUCUAACUAAUCCAGAACAUUAUUAAUUACUCUUGCAAUCUAAACACACGCAUAUAUAGAUAGAUACAAAUUAAAAUAUUCAAAACCAAAGAUGGAAACACCAAGUUUUUUUCAAAACAGCUUCUGCUCUCAAUUCACCUCUGAUGAUGGCGACAACAACAAUAACAAUAACAACACCGCUGUAAGCACAGGAGACAAUUUCAUCGUGGAAGAUCUCCUUGACUUUUCGAACGAUGACGGUAUCAUUGCCAACAAUAACGGUGUUGUUGCCACCUUGGACUCUGUCACAGGAAACUCUGGUUCAGCCAAUUCCUCUAAUACUACCGUUGUUGAAAGCUGCAAUUCCUCCUCCUUCUCUUUCUCUGGUUGCGAACCCAGUAUCAUUGCGGAUAUUGGUAGUCGGAGUCUUGUGGAUGGUCAUUUCUCUGGUGAACUUUGUGUUCCGUAUGACGACCUGGCAGAGUUAGAAUGGCUUUCCAAUUUUGUGGAGGAAUCCUUCUCCAGUGAGGAUCUACAAAAGAUGCAACUCAUCUCAGGAAUGAAGAGACCAAACGAUGAUGCUUCAUCGGAGGCCCACAAGUUCCGCGCAGAGCCCAACAGAAAAAGCCCAAUAUUCAACUCAGAAGUGUCAGUGCCAGCCAAGGCCCGUAGCAAGCGGUCUCGUGUGCCUCCAUGCAAUUGGACUUCGCGCCUACUGGUACUCUCUCCAACUCCGACUCCCACAACGUCAUCAUCAUCAGAACCUGAUGUGAUGGUCCCUAUUUCUACUCCAACUCCAGUGUCCUUCACUAUUCCGGUCACCGGAAAAAAGCCGGGGAAGACAACAGGCAGAAAAAAAGAAGGUGGGGAUUGUGGUUCUGGUGAUGGUCGCAAGUGCUUGCAUUGUGCUACGGACAAGACACCGCAGUGGCGGACUGGGCCCAUGGGCCCUAAGACGUUGUGCAAUGCUUGUGGUGUGAGGUACAAGUCAGGCCGUCUUGUGCCAGAGUACAGGCCCGCGGCAAGCCCAACGUUUGUGUUAACUAAGCACUCUAACUCACAUCGAAAGGUUUUGGAGCUUCGUAGACAAAAGGAGAUGAUGAGAGCACAACAACACCAUCAUCAACACCAACAACAGUUCAUACAACAUCAUCAUCAUCACCAGAACAUGAUGUUUGAUGUACCCACAAACGCUGAUGAUUACUUGAUCCACCAACAUGUUGGGCCCGAUUUCAGGCAGUUGAUUUAGGUGAUUUGGUAGGGUAGAACGAUAAUGGAGGCUCAGGUAAUUUAAUCUGUAGUGGAUCGGAGUAAGGUAUGUCAGGAGAGAAUGUCACUCUUUUUUUUUUCUUUCAAUUUUGUUAGGGAUAAGUUUUCUUCCUCACUUGAAAUUUGAGUUCACAUAGACUAGUUUAAUCAUGACCCUAAGGUUUGUUCAAGUUGUUAUUGUU